AUGUCACACGCCCACUUCUUGUUUCCCGACCUCGGUGAUCCCGCCGGCCUCAAACUCGUCAAGCCCUCCAACGAACAUGCCGGGUACCUGCCCUUCUCCACCAAGCAUUCAAACUGCUCACCCGAUGUCUGCAAACGGAGCAAUCUCUGCUCCUGCGCUACCUUGCAGCGACUCAAAGGCACUUAUGCUGGCAACGACGACCGAAAGAGUCUUGGGUGGUUCUCGAAGGAGCAGCCACGCGAGGAACAAGUGUGGAUACAGAUGCGCAUGCAGUCACUCUCCUCGCUUAUUGUCGGUGCUAAUGGUCUCCCCAGCAGGCUUGUUUGCCGCUCGCUUUCUCAGUCACCAUACCGUGACAUUCUCAUCCUGCUGCCAGAGAAGGCUCGCAUAUCAGUUUUGGGGAAGAAAGGAGGGAGUUACCGCCAGUAUGGUCCUCCCCGCCAUCGAUGGUCUAUCCACCCCUCGAUUGUGCUUCGUCUCCGCAACAACAUGCAGAACUUGCGUUGGCGGUUGUGA